AUGACAGGUUUGGUUCUUAAAAAUGUGGUUGAGAUCUCUCUAGAAUCUUGUAGAUGUGAACGUCUUCCGCCUCUUGGGAAACUAACCUCCCUAAAAAUUCUCAAGAUCAGUUCCAUGGAUUCUCUCAAGUACUUUAAUCAUGAGAGUUAUGGAGAUGGGGAAGAUUCAUUUCCUGCAUUGGAGAUUCUCAACUUCAAUGUAAUGCCAAGUUUGGAGAAAUGGACAAUUGUGGAUAGAGAAGAAAUUUUUCCUUGCCUACGAAAUUUACAUAUAGAGGCAUGCCCCAAGUUGACUGAAUUUCCUUUUCUUCGAACACUCGAGAUAUUAACAAUUUGGGAAGGAAGCAAUGAAAGGUUAAUUAGGUCAGUGAUAAAUGUCACUUCGCUUUCCGAUCUUGAGAUACUUGGCUCUGAGUUGAAGAUUCUUCCAGAUAAAUUAUUUUCCAAUUUCAAGCAUCUUAGGUUCCUCAACAUGUCAUACUCUUACAUAAAAACCCUACCAGAAUCAAUAAGUGGUCUCCAACACCUGCAAACAUUGAAACUAAAUUAUUGUGAAGAGAUUUGUAAGUUGCCCAAACGCUUGAAGCAUAUGAGAAAUCUCACAUGCCUAGACAUCAAAGGGUGUGACUCCCUGACUUCUAUGCCUGCUAAUAUGGGACAAUUAACUUGUCUACAAAGACUAAGCAUAUUCAUUGUGGGCCAAGAUGAGGGUUACCAAAUUAGCGAGCUGAAGGAAUUAAAUCUUGGGGGAGAGUUGAGCAUAAAGGAGCUUGAAAACGUAAGAAAUUCAGAAGAUGCAAAAAGAGCCAAUUUGAAGAGCAAACUUGAUCUUAUUUCUUUGAAUUUAUGUUGGAGCGAUAGCAACAAAGAAAGCAUACCAAAGAAUGUUGAAGAAAUUCUUGAGAAUCUUUGA